AUGGUUUUCGAUUUGAAGAGAAUUGUUAGACCAAAAAUCUAUAACUUGGAACCUUAUCGUUGCGCAAGAGAUGAUUUCACAGAGGGUAUAUUGUUGGACGCCAAUGAAAAUGCUCACGGACCUGUGCCAAUUGAAUUAGGAAAGACCAAUUUGCACCGCUAUCCAGAUCCUCAUCAAUUGGACUUCAAGACAGCAAUGACGAAAUACAGGAACAAGACCAGUAGUUAUUCCAAUGAUCCAACCGUAAAGCCCCUAAGAGCUGAUAAUUUGUGUCUAGGUGUGGGGUCCGAUGAAAGUAUCGAUGCUAUCAUUCGAGCCUGUUGUGUUCCAGGAAAGGAAAAAAUCUUGGUUCUCCCACCAACAUAUUCGAUGUACUCUGUCUGUGCAAACAUUAAUGACGUAGAGGUUGUUCAAUGUCCAUUAACUGUUUCCGAUAACUCUUUUCAAAUGGAUACAGAAGCUGCAUUAACGAUUUUGAAAAAUGAUCCCCUGAUUAAAUUGAUAUUUGUUACUUCACCAGGUAAUCCAACGGGGGCCAAGAUUAAAACCUGUUUGAUUGAAAAAAUAUUACAGAAUUGGGAAAACGGGUUAGUUGUUGUGGAUGAAGCUUAUAUAGAUUUUUGCGGUGGAUCUACCGCCCCACUAGUCACCAAGUAUCCAAAUUUGGUAACUUUGCAAACGCUAUCUAAAUCAUUUGGUUUAGCCGGUAUUAGGUUAGGUAUGACAUAUGCUACAUCGGAUUUGGCAAAUAUUCUAAAUGCAAUGAAGGCACCUUAUAACAUUUCCUCUCUGGCAUCUGAAUAUGCACUGAAGGCUGUCCAGGACAGUAGUCUGCAAAAAAUGGAGGCUACCUCCAAACUAAUCAACGAAGAGAAAAUGCGUCUCUUGAAGGAUUUAACAGCUUUAGAUUAUGUUGAUGACCAAUAUGUUGGUGGAUUGGAUGCAAAUUUCAUCUUGAUACGGAUCAACGGUGGUGACAAUGCUUUAGCAAAGAAGUUGUACUAUCAGUUAGCCACUCAAUCUGGUGUCGUAGUUAGAUUUAGAGGUAAUGAAUUAGGUUGUUCUGGAUGUUUGAGAAUUACUGUCGGCACUCAUGAAGAAAACACACAUUUGAUAAACUACUUCAAAGAAACGUUAUAUAGAUUGGCUAAAGAAUAA